GAAGGUCGUUCUUCUCAUUUUGUUUUGGACCUCGUCCUUCUCUGGUGGCCUACGUUUGGUCUUUGCUUCACUGGGGCUUUGGAACUACUUCUUUUCUGGGACCUGUUUCGACUGCCCUUGUCUUGUGUCUGGACCCUACCUGGUGGAUUGGACUUGGAACCCUGGACCUUGCUCUGAACUAACAGUACCAGAAAAUCUGCAUAUUAUGUAUCACCUAUGGAUCAAAUGCCUGGCAGCUUGGAUAUUUCUGAAGAGAUUUAAUGGAGUUCAUGUUAUGCAGGCCAAAGCUCCAAUGUAUCCUAACGAGCCUUUCCUUGUGUUCUGGAAUGCACCUACUACCCAAUGUCGGCUGCGCUAUAAGGUGGAUUUAGAUCUCAAGACUUUUCACAUUGUAACAAAUGCCAAUGACUCUUUAAGUGGGUCUGCUGUGACAAUAUUUUAUCCUACCCAUUUGGGAGUCUAUCCCCAUAUUGAUGACCGCGGGCAUUUCUUCAAUGGGAUUAUACCGCAAAACGAAAGCCUCGCGAAACAUCUCAAUAAAUCAAAAUCGGAUAUUAACCGUAUGAUCCCACUGAGGACAUUUCAUGGACUUGGAGUCAUUGACUGGGAAAACUGGAGACCCCAGUGGGAUAGAAACUGGGGCAGUAAAAAUGUUUACAGAAACAGAUCUAUUCAAUUUGCUAGAGAUUUGCACCCAGAGUUGUCUGAAGAUAAAAUCAAGAAAUUAGCUAAGCAAGAAUAUGAAAAAGCUGCGAAGAGUUUCAUGAGAGAUACACUUUUACUAGCUGAAGAAAUGCGACCAGAUGGAUAUUGGGGCUACUAUCUGUAUCCAGAUUGCCAUAAUUAUAAUUAUAAGACAAAACCUGAUCAAUACACAGGAGAAUGUCCAGAUAUUGAAAUGUCACGGAAUAAUCAGCUACUUUGGCUAUGGAGAGACAGUACUGCCCUUUUUCCUAAUAUAUAUAUUGAAACCAUAUUGAGGUCAAGUGACAAUGCUUUGAAAUUUGUGCACCAUCGCCUUAAAGAAUCAAUGCGCAUUGCUUCCAUGGCUAGGAAAGAUUAUGCCUUGCCUGUUUUUCCAUAUGCCAGGCCAUUCUAUGCAUAUACCUUUGAACCUUUAACACAGGAAGACUUGGUGACUACAGUUGGUGAAUCAGCGGCCAUGGGGGCAGCAGGAAUUGUCUUUUGGGGAAGCAUGCAAUAUGCCAGUACUGUUGAAAGCUGUGGAAAAGUGAAAGACUAUAUGGAUGGUCCAUUGGGACGUUAUAUCGUUAAUGUGACUACUGCAUCCAAGAUUUGCAGCCAUUUCCUUUGCAAGAAACGUGGAAGAUGUGUUCGAAAACAUAGUGAUUCAAAUGCCUUUCUCCACUUGUUCCCUGAUAGUUUUAGGAUCAUGGUGCAUGGCAAUGCAACAGAAAAGAAAGUGAUUGUAAAAGGAAAAUUGGAGUUGGAGAAUUUGAUUUUCUUAAGAAAUAACUUUAUGUGCCAGUGUUACCAAGGUUGGAGAGGGCUAUAUUGUGAAAAGCAUUCUAUAAAAGAUAUAAGGAAAAUAUAAGGAAAUUAUUUAUUCCCAAACAAAACAAAAUUGUCACACAGAUCACAAGACAAAGAAAUCCAACUUUGAUUUGAGGGCAAUUCCAUUAGAUCUUCUGAAGACUUGCAAAUAUGUAUAACUUUUAAGUUUCUAAGCAAAAUAAGAUGCUGUAAUUAAAAAUUAAGGAAAAAAAGGACGCAGGUGGUUGUGUACUGUAAUGUGCUUUGGGAGGAAGGAGGGACAUGACUGUUUUUCAGACCUUGGGUCUAUCUAAUUAAAACCUUUGCUUCCUUUUUCCCUGCAUUCCACUUGGAGUGGUCUUUGCAUACAUCUUCUAAUACGUCUUCAGAGUCUUCAGAACUGAAUUUAGGAAUGCAUUCUUGUUACAACUGCAGCCAUAUUUUUUUCUUCUACUCUCUUCCCCCACUUUCCCCUCCUAAAUAUUAAAGUACUGUGCUGGA